CAUUCAAGUACCACAAGUCCACAACAUCUGAAGAGAAUACCUCUGGAGCGCACCCAAACUUUCUGCAUUGCUCCCAGCUGGUGGAAGCCAUGGAGCAGGGGAAGAAGAAGCAUACGGGGAGGCUGCAGAAGGUCCUGAGGGAGCAGAAGGCCAGGCUGUACAUCAUCCGCCGCUGCGUCGUCAUGCUUCUCUGCUGGACUGACUGA